UUCCCGUUCGGGCUCGAACCCACCCCGAAACAUGCCGACUGUUUAACCCUGUAGUAAAAACAAUUGAUGCCAGGGGGGUUCAAUUGCGAGUCACCCCGUAUAGUUAUGGAGACGUUAGUUUAGAUAGGCGUGUUAAGAAACUAGUUGAGUCUUUUAGAGUUUAUUGAUAUUCGGCGCGAUGUCGGUGUUACGUUUGUAUUUGGCGGGCUUUCUGACAUUGACAGCAAAUGCACAAGGCUUCGAUUCGCACCUGCGAGGACCGGCCUUUGUGAUGGAACCGCCUCCUCGACUGGAAUUCUCCAAUUCCAGUGGAGGAUGGCUGGACUGCUCGGCUUCAGGAAGUCCUCAACCCUCCAUAGACUGGCUGAGUGUGGACGGCACCUCUGUGGGCGACGUUUCGGGAAUCCGAAGAGUUCUCAGAAACGGCACCCUGUUUCUGAUGCCCUUUGCUGCGGCCUCUUACAGGCAAGAUAUCCACAGCACAGUGUACAGAUGUGUGGCCUCUAACACAGUGGGUCGCAUCAUUAGCCGAGAUGUUCAAGUUAGGGCUGUGGUUACACAAUCAUUCAAAGUGGAGGUGGAAGUGAUACCUGCCGCCAGAGGAUGUACGGCUGUUGUGAAAUGUAAAGUGCCAAACUUCGUUAAGGAUCUAGUUAGGAUAAUUUCUUGGGUGCAGGAGCCGAGUUUUUUUAUUUACCCUUCCCUGCAAGGAGAUGGAAAGUUUCAUCAACUGCCUUCAGGUGAACUCCUCAUCCACAAUUUGGACUUUGGUGAUCAGUUUCCUACAUAUCGUUGCCGAACUAUGCACAGACUGAGCAGGCAAGUGGUUAUUAGCAGUGCCGCCAAUGUGAAUGUUGCUGAUCAUAGAGGAAUAGCGCCUCCAGUGAUUGUAGAAAAUUCAGGGACUGUAACGGUGGCUCAGGAUGAAGGAGCAGCCUUAAUAUGUAUUGCUCAAGGAUGUCCCUCACCGGAAUAUCGAUGGUACACUUAUGGUGGGAAGGAUGGAAUUGAACCUCCUAGUCUAAUCAUUCCUGGGCCAAGAGUCCGCCAGUUGGGUCCAGUGCUUGCCAUUGAAGCUGUGACUCCAGAAGAUGGUGGUACCUAUCGCUGUUCUUCGGCCAAUGCUGGAGGCGAGGCCAGUGCUGAUAUCCGACUUCAGGUGCUGACUCAACUGCAUCUGGAAAUUUCUCCUCCGUUGAUGAGCGUUCACAUGGGUGGAAGUGCCGAAUUUAGGUGUGUGGUAUCAACAAAACAGGACAGUCCCCAUAUGAUAACGUGGUACAAAGACGGGAGACAAUUGCCCAGCACUGGAAGAGGCCCCAGUGAGACUCUAAUAGUGAACAACGUCGGCAGAGAGGACCGUGGCAUGUACCAAUGCGUCGUAAGAAGAACCGAAGGAGAUACAGCCCAAGCUGCUGCUGAACUACAACUCGGAGACGCUCCUCCAGCACUUCUAUACAGUUUCAUCGAGCAGACCCUACAGCCCGGGCCAGCUGUUUCAUUGAAAUGUAGUGCAUCUGGAAACCCCACCCCACAAAUAUCGUGGCUACUAGACGGAUUUUCCCUGCCCAGUCAUGGCCGGUUUGUGAUAGGUCAAUAUGUGACUGUACAUGGAGAUGUGAUAAGUCAUGUAAAUAUCAGCCAUGUCAUGGUGGAAGACGGUGGUGAAUACACGUGUACUGCUGAAAAUAGAGCUGGAAAAACUGCACAUUCUGCAAGACUGAACGUCUAUGGUUUGCCGUAUAUUCGCAUUUUGCCCAAGGUAACAGCCGUGGCAGGAGAACAGUUGAAGCUUAAAUGUCCAGUUGCUGGAUAUCCUAUUGAAGAAAUCCAUUGGGAAAGAAGCGGCAGUGAACUUCCCAAUGGCUUAAGGCAAAAGGUUCUAGUUGAUGGUACCCUUAUAAUUGAACCUGUGCAAAAGAAGGAGGAUUCUGGAGUUUACACAUGUUGGGCGAGAAACAAAGGAGGUCAGACUGCACGGCGAAGCGGAGAAGUCAAUGUUAUUGUGCCUCCCAUAAUAGAGCCGUUCAGCUUCCAAGACGGGCUCAGCGAGGGUAUGCGUACUCGCACGGUUUGUGGAGUCAGCGCAGGUGAUCCCCCUUUGGCAGUCACGUGGCUUAAGGACGGAAGACCCCUAUCGCCCGAACUUGGGGUCAAUGUUACGUCACUGGACCCCUACAGUAGUCUCUUGAGUGUUUCCAGCCUUGAUUCUCGACACUCAGGAGAUUUCACCUGUGUGGCCAGCAACCCUGCAGCGGAAGUUCGGUUCACUGCCAAGCUCCAAGUGAAAGUGCCUCCCAGAUGGUUAGUGGAGCCUGUUGAUGUGAGUGUUGAGAGGAAUCGACAUGUUUCGUUACACUGCCAGGCUCAAGGCGUUCCUACUCCUACAGUAACUUGGAAAAAAGCUGCAGGAUCAAAAUCUGGGGACUACGAGGAAGUGAGGGAUCACAUGUAUACCAAACUGCUCGGAAAUGGGACUUUGCUUCUUCAGCAUGUGAAAGAAGACAGAGAAGGCUAUUACUUAUGCCAAGCUGAUAAUGGAAUUAACAGUGGCAUCGGCAAGGUCAUACAACUGAGAGUCAAUUCGUCUCCCUACUUUUCGGCACCUUCGCGAAUGAUCACCGUGAAGAAAGGCGACACCGCUCUACUACACUGCGAUGUAAAUGGAGAUAAACCAAUCAGUGUCAUCUGGUUGAGAGGAGGGAAGGUGGAGCUAAACCCUUCAACCAACUACAGAGUCAACUCCAAGCAGGACGUCACACCUGAUGGGGUGGUUGCAGAACUGCAAAUUUUGAACGCUGCCGCCUCAGACUCAGGAGCAUAUUUCUGCCAGGCGAGCAACAUGUAUGGAAGAGACCAACAGUUGGUGCAACUUCUGGUUCAGGAACCUCCAGGUCCACCUCAGAACAUUGAGAUUCCUUCGAAAAGCAGCACAUCGGUUAGCUUGAAAUGGGGACACAAAUCCAGCGAUGCCAACGAAGUGUUUAAAUUCAUCAUCGAGUUUAGGGAGGCUGAUCGAAAUUGGGGACAGAUAGAGCUAACAGAGAGUCCGCUCCUCUACACAGCAGUCAUCAACGAUUUGAAACCUGCAACAAAAUAUAGUUUUAGAAUCCUCGCCGAAGGCCCAGCAGGGAGAAGCCUGCCAAGCGACGAGGUGUUCAUUACCACACUUAGUGAAAAGCCGGCAGGUCCACCCAUUAAACCGCACGUUCGGUCAAUUUCCUCUUCGGAAAUAUUGGUAAUGUGGAGUCCUCCAGAGGCUGAGCUGCGCCAUGGCGAAAUACAAGGAUACAACGUGGGGUAUCGCGCCCCGUUUAUGGGCUCGUACAAUUUCACCUCCGUUUCAGGAGAUGGGGAGGAGGGAGGCGAAAUAUUGCUCAGCGAUCUCAAGAAGUAUACGAGAUAUUCUAUAGUGGUUCAAGCGUACAACGAAGUUGGGUCUGGGCCUCUAAGCGAACCAGUGACCACCGAAACUUUGGAGGAUGUCCCGAGUAGUCCUCCUAUGGACAUCCGCUGUACCUCGCCUACCUCACAGAGUGUCCAAGUGAGUUGGCAACCUCCGCCCAAUGAGGAUUGCAAUGGGAAUAUACAGGGCUACAAGCUUACAUAUGAGCCAGUUUUAGAUGAAAGCUCCCGAGCUAAUGAUGUUAUGGAAACUCGAAAAACCACCGCUCUGAUCACUGUGAUCACAGGUCUCAGGAAAUUCACAAAUUACAGCCUUCAGGUGUUGGCGUUCACCAAAGUAGGAGACGGAGUCCUAUCCACGCCCCACUAUUGCCAAACGGAAGAAGAUGUUCCAGGAGUUCCAGCUGAUAUUAAAGUUGCAGUGGCAACUCCUCAGUCUCUCAGAGUGUCUUGGUUGCCACCUCUUGAACCAAACGGCAUUAUUACUAAGUAUAGUUUAUACAGCAGAAGAAGUACAGACGGGCGGCAGGAAAUCGACAACGGCAAGCAAAUAAUUUCAAGCCACACCACAGCUUUUGAAGUGAAAAACAUCCAGCCUCACAUGGAAUACCAGUUCUGGGUGAGUGCCUCGACCAGAAUCGGCGAAGGCCAGAGCUCGAAAGUGGUCAAUCAGCUUGUAACAGGCAGAAUUCCAGCGAGGAUAAUUUCGUUCGGCGGGAACGUGGUGAGACCCUGGAGGACUUCGGUGACUUUAAACUGCGAAUCAGUUGGAUCGCCUAGACGAGAGUGGCUUAAGAGUGAACAAAUUCUGAAAGGUGGAGCCAGUCAUAAUCAGCAACUUCUCGAUACUGGUGAGCUGAUUCUUUCCAACUUGCAAUUGAGCGACGCUGGAAACUACUCCUGCCAAGUGGAUAAUGGCCAUGGAACCGACAGAAUUUCUUACCACUUGGUAGUCCAAGUGCCGCCAUCGGCACCGUUGCUGUAUGUUACGUCAGCCACCAGCUCCAGCGUUUUAUUGCAUUGGAAGUCUGGCAAAACUGGAGGCGCCGCUAUCAGUGGAUUCACUUUGAAUUACAGAAAAGAGCAUGGAAACCUAGAUGAAGUCUACUUAUCGAGACACGCCACCAGCUUUGAGUUAAAAGGUCUUUCGUGUGGUUCCACAUAUCACCUCUACCUCACUGCUCACAACAAAAUAGGUUCCAGUCCCGCUAGCCAUCCUUUGCAAGCUCGGACGCAGGGCCAUCCUCCAGGUGUGCCUCAAGCAGCUUCUUUUAUCGCUCCAAACUCCACGAGUGUUUCACUUCGGUUGCACGUUUGGCCAGACAACGGAUGUCCCAUCUUGUAUUUUGUUUUGCAAUAUAGAAAGGCAUUGGAGAGUCAAUGGACUUUAGUAUCAAAUGCGUUGAAACCGCAAAGAAAAACGUCGAUUACUGGCUUAACAUCAGCAACGAAGUACGUGGUGAAAUUAGAGGCGCACAAUAUGGCAGGUUUCAGCAAUGAGGAGUUCAGUUUUGCCACUUUGACUAAAAAUGGAGAUGUUCCACCACCGGAUCUAAUUACACAGGGUAAUGAUGGCGAGCCGUUUUACGCCAGCAUUAAAUUUAUUUUGAUAUCUGUUAUAAGCACCAUUCUUGGCACGGUAGUGCUGUUAAGUAUUCCUUUGCUUAUUCGCAGACAUUACAAACACUCGCACAGGGAACAAUUAGACAAUCAACAAAAUGCGGAAGUGCAAAGAGAAAGAUAUUAUGCCACCAUUCAUAAGGUCGCCUUGCAGGCCGGAGAAAAAAUCCCUGAAACCUCAGAAGACAUAUCACCGUAUGCAACGUUUCAAUUGUCGGAGCCGAGCACUCUGGCUCAGAACACCAUGCUUCAUAGUUUUAUGUACCACGAACACCCAGUGACUGAAGGGUGCGCCUCGCCACCACCUUCCAGCUCCAUACAACGAAACUCUCCUUACUAUAAUAUUAAAUCAUUCAAAAAGCGAUUGGAAUCACCCUAUUACAACAUACAAAAAUUCCAAAGUACAAAAGGCCACGGCCGCAGAAGGGCCAAUAGAAAAGACAUCGACAGCGAUGAGAGCGAAUCCGACCAAGAGGCUCUCACUUCCAGCCGCACUGAGUCUUCCAAUCAACUUGACUUGAAGCAAAAGACCCAAGCUUUCGUCUACCAUGGCACAGUGCAGUCCAGUACAUCGUCUGAUAUUUCGCCAAUGUCCGAGCAAAAAUCACUGCCUAGACGCAACCGAAACAGAUUCCUAUCGCAAAGCGGUCGCUCCGGUUCUCAGCGCCACAUUCUCAGCCAUCUUUCCGUAGCUGAGACAGCGUUUAGCGAGUCUCCCAGUCCUCAAGGGCCCGGGGGAGUGCAAAUGGAACUAUCAGAAGCCGAAUGCGAUAUCGACACGCUGAAAAAACUGAAACUUGGACUUCGCAGCUCGUUGUGGUCGCGACCGCAAAGUGGACAACAAGGGGGCCAACAGCCCCCAUCAGACUACUCAAUUGCAGUCUGAAUGCAAAGAAUCUUCCAUAGAUUGAGCGGCUAGUUCUCCUGCAUAUAUCUGCCUCUGUAGUAUAAAAGUUCGAUUUUCUUCCUCAAGACCGAUAACUGACCGCUCAAGUGCAAAAACGCAGAAACUUCACUAGUUUUCUGCGGGUUAAACCUAAGCCUAGUGUAAUAUAUCAUUAAAGUUUUACUGAUAAAUCAAAAUUUUAUACCAAAAGAAUCAAAAGCAUAGAUAUAUUGCGUUACUGUCGCGGAAUGACCAAAGAGGCAGGAUUUCUGGCUGAGUAAAUCAAAGUUUGUACCCAGAUUUUUCGACGACUCACCCAAAUCACACAGAAAAAAUAAGUUUGUAAAUACUGAAGCAAAUAUUUGCGAAACAUCAGCCAUUCAGACACCCUGCAGCUUUCGUACAUCCACGAUCACUGCCUUUGUUAUAAUACUAUAUCUUUCGAUAAAAGAAUUUUGGAACCGUUUUCUAUGAUAUGUGUAAUAUUUUUCACUGUUAAAUAAGACUUAGAAGAAGGACCGUCGCGUGGAUAAUACUAGAUUCGUACUGGAUCUAUAAACCAUAGGCGCAAUCCUUCUUUUUAAAAUAGCAAUUAAGUACCACUACCUAUAAAUCAAACAAUAAGAAUCAAAAUUAUUGAAAACAUAUGUACCAGAGUUCAUAGUUCAAAUAAAGAAGAUGGUUUAAA